AUGCUGCUGAUCGAGCAGCCACCACCUCCCAAUGUUGCUCUCACUGAUGACGAAGAAGAAGAAGAUUGGGAUUUUGACUGGGAAAAAUGGCGAGAGAAACAGGAUGAGCUGGAAGUGAUCUUCGAAAGACAGAGGAAAAAUGGUGGUUUGAUUCUAGAUAGAGUUGACGAAGUAAUAGAUCUUGAUGUUACUUUCCAAAUUUCUUAG